GGUUUAAUUACCUAUUUAGUCCCUAUAGUUUUCAGUGAUAUGUUUGCCAUUCGCCUCGGUCUCAUCUGCCGUCCUUCCCCGGAGCUCCCUCUCUUCUGGGAGGCCCUCGCCUUAUGCAACGGCGAAGACUGCGGCUCCUCUCCUUUUGCCACCAUUAACGUAGCCAUGAUCCUCGACACCAACUACCUCCGCGACACCAUGGCCGCGAUGCUCUCCAUGCUUCAACAUUCGACGUGCCCCAAGAACCUGGUCUUCCACUUCCUCUUCGCCCAUGACGACGCUCUCGAACUCUUCUCUAGCAUCAAGUCCACCUUCCUUUACCUCAAGAUGAAGAUUUAUCGGUUUGACUCCAACAGGGUCCGCGACAAGAUAUCCAAGUCCAUUCGACAGGCCUUGGACCAGCCCCUGAAUUACGCCAGAAUAUACCUUGCCGAUACCAUACCAGAAGACGUGAAACACGUGAUAUAUUUGGACUCUGACCUGGUGGUGGUUGACGACAUAGCCAAGCUUUAUGGUGUUGAUAUGAAGAGCCAAGGUGCGGUGCGAAAACACACUGGUCGUCGGUGCGGUCCUAACAACAAUAAUAUGCUAUGGUGA